AUGCGUGCUUUCGUCCGCCCCUCUUCCACCGCCGCCUCGCCCUCGCCGAUUCUCUCCCGUCUCCGUGAAGACAUGAAGACGGCCAUGCGCGCCAAGGACUCGGCCCGGCUUACCGUCGUUCGCAGCGUCCUGAACGACAUCACGAAUGCUUCCAAGACCGACAAGCCCAUCUCUGAUGACAUGCUCCUGCGCUCUCUGCUGCUGAAGAAGAUCAACCAGUCCAAGGAUGCCGCGCAGCAGUUCCGCGACGCCAAGCGCGAGGACUUGGCGGAGAAGGAAGAUAGCAGCGCGAACGUGAUGAAGGAUUACGUCAGUGAGAUCGAGGAGGCAGCUGGAGGUGUCGUGGCUGCGGAUGAGCUGCAGCGCGCCGUCAAAGAGACGAUUGAGAACUGGCAGGACGGAAAGCCUGUUGUUGGCAAGGUUCUUGCAAAGAUCACCGGAGCCGGCGGCGUGCUUGACGGUCGGCUGGUGGAGAAGAGUGAUCUCGUCAAGGCUAUCAAGGAGGCAUUGCCCAAAUAA